UGUAUAAAUAAAUUGUAUAAAUUAUCCAAGACUUUUCUUUUUCUUUUACGUUGCUUUUUGUAUCCCCUAAUAACUACUAUAAAUGUUCGAAAUUCACUUUAGACGUACAUAUCAUCCACAAAUCUUCUUUGAAUUUCAGGAUAAGGUUUAUCACUUUUGCGUUUUCUUUUGUUCUGCAUUUGAAUGCAUGUGGAUAUUUAUAAACCUUGAGAAUUUCGUACCACUAGACAGUAGCAUACAGUCAUGCAGUGUAAAACCUAGUUUCAUUUCUGUGUAACCACUUACAUGUAGAAUAGCAGAAUAAAGCGAAUUUAAUAACUAUCAGAUUUGUGAAUUUUGGCUUAUGAUGAUCGCGUUUCUAUACUGUAGGUCACUUAUGCUCUUCUUGGUUCCCUGUUACGUGUCGAGAUGAUCACCACCAUAUUAUUAGUAUUUGGAGUAUAAGUGUGCUGAAGAUGGUACGCGGUGUUUUAUUUUUCACUUGGAAAAACUGACUUACUCUAGGUUAAUAUUAUUCUAACUUAGUUUCGGUUUUGCUGACUUCGGACGUAGUACGAAUAUGCUAGCAGUGUGGCUUAUUGAUUCGCAUUUUUUAGACUAAUUCUAUCUGCAUUGACGCUAAACAUAGUUAUUUGAUUUUCGAUUAAUCCAGUUGAGAUUGAAAAAUUUAGACUGAAAGACACUAAUCCUGAUAGCAUAAGAUACUUUUCAUUCUAUAAUACUGUCAACAUUUGAACUUAACCGAAUACUUUUAUUGUCAUUUUAUGACUACUGGUUUAAUAUAAUUUUUCGACGACUAAAAUGUAGAACAAGUUAAAAACCGACGAUUAUAAUUAGCAGUCACUCAUGACAUGUAGGCCAAAACGUUGGAUCUUCAUAAAUCAGGAUUUCUCAUGUUUCUUGAGUCUGUUUCGCGGAAUGGUUUGGGCAAAGACCACUAAAUCCCACAUAACCAACUCCGAAAGAAAUAUUUUAUACUAAAAUUUGAAUACCAAAAUUGUUUGCGACCUCAGAUGGAAAAUGUCUUCACAAGAGACACUUCAAAUACACACUAAUUUAACCUAUUUUUUUCAUUCAGACCAAUAUAAACUGCAUGAUUUCUAGCUGAUCUGUUCACUAAAUCCGUUACUUGACAGACUUUGGAACAUUCCAUGUUUUUCAUCACUGUAGAGACUUUAUAUAUACUCCAAGAAAUCGACUGGUUUUUCUUAGCAACCCUGAUUAUUUAUUGACAUGGAAACGUAUGUUUCGAGUUCAUAUGUAUAUUCAAGAGAGUUGGUUAUUAAACAGCAUUUAGUAGAAUGGAUUUGGCUUUUCAGAUUUUUUGUUAGUUGUUAUUGGUUUCAGAACAUUCAUGUAUCAAAUUAUAGUCACUUCCCGAUUUCACUGGAGGUAUUUACAAAUGCAAAUUACCUAUCAACCUAGUUUGUGUUCCGUUCUAACAUUUAUUAUUAAGAACGUUGGAAGCUCUAAUUCAUGGGGUUAUAACCCUUCUCUGACAGGUCUGGAAAGUCUAGCUUAGUGAAAUAAGUUUGGGAUUUCACAAUCCAUUUUGUUUUAACAACAUAGAACCCUGGUUAUCUGGAUAACUUCCAUACAAACACGAUGUAAUCUCUUAAUUCAUAUCAAUAUUGCUUAGAUGAUUGUAAUUAGUCGAAAUUGGAUUGUUGUCAUCAGAUCUCAAAUAAUUAAUAAUCAGCGAAUCCGACCGGAUAAUACUAGGGGUUACCUAGAAACAUAAUUCCUUAUUAGUACUGACACAAUAUGUAUUAUCAUGUUGUUAUUAGUAGCUAUGAUUCGUGUUAUUUGAAGUAACAAUUUGAUAUUGAAACUUUAAAAUUUCCCGCAGAUGGUUUUAAUUAUUUGUGACUUUGGAUUGGGCGUAACUUUGGAUUAACACUGAAGGACUGUUGUGCAUUUAUUCGACCUUUUGUGUUGUAGUAUGGAUAUGAUACAAACUGGUCUUUUUUUAAUCCUCUGAUAGCGCAAAUUCAGUAUCUCUAAAGAUACGCAAAGUCCUUGCAUUUGAAGAUAAGCACCGUAGCAUUGUCGUCUUAAAACCAUACAUAUGUUUACAACACUAUGUUUGCCAUAUUUCCUCACUUUAUUGUUGGUCGGAGAAUCACGUUUUGUGUUUCUUUUGAUUACUCUUGUUGUUGCUGUUAGCAAACUAUAUGUUUCGCAUUUUCGCGAAACUGAAUACACCUGAUUGAUUUGCUCUUCCAGUAGCAUUCAGAUUAUUUACAUUCAAAAGUUUAAUCUUAAUCCAGUUUUUACGAAGUAAUUUUGCAUGUGUUUCUUGGCUUUCAUUUCAGACCUCAGGAACUCCCGUGAGUGAAUCGAAUUCAUGCUUGAAUGAAGGCUUAACAAUGCGACGAGGUUUAGUUGGACGUUUGUUUCUUCUUCUUCGGCCAAUUCGUUCUCAGUUCAGUUACUGGAUUAUAAAUCCAAAACCUUUCUGCCCAUUAACAAACUGCAACAAAUCAUUUCGUGUUCCUGGCCUGUUUAUUCUUAUUGUUUUUGGGAUACCAAUUUCAUUGUCGCUCGAUUAUUUAAUUUUGCCCCUUUCUCUCUUAAUUUCUGUUUUAUUAUUGUUACUUGCUUUAUGGUUUUGUUUUCAGUACCUAGAACAGACAAUAGUUUAUGCUUGUGAUGAACCACCGUCUUCGAAAUUUUUAUACAUGAAUCCAUCAUUUUUUGGAUUUUCUACAUGGGAAUUGGUAAAAUUAUGUCCUAAUGGCAACACUGGGCCAACAAUUAUUGGUUUCCUUCUUCUUCAGCCUGAUUUAUGUCGCAGAAAGUCUUGUCCAGUUGUGCUUCUUUUGCAUGGAAAUGCAGGAAACUCUACUACCCGGCUACCAAUGUGUCAAGUUUUAGAAAACCGUUUUCAAUGUAAUAUUUUUAUUAUAGACUAUCGAGGUUAUGGUCAGAGUACCGGAAAGCCAAGUGAAGAGGGUUUAUAUGCAGAUUGUACGUGUGCUCUUAAUUAUUUAUACAUGAGAAGUGAUCUGAACAAUGAAAAAAUAUUUGUACUUGGUCGAUCAUUGGGAGGAGCGUUAGGUAUUUAUUUGGCAGUGAAUCCUAUAUCAAGUGACAAAAUAUGUGGUGUUAUUAUUGAAAAUACGUUUACAUCUAUCACUGAUGCUGCAAGUUAUAUCCUCAAUAUACCCUGUAAAUUGCCCUCUUGGUUGUUCUCAAAUCAAUAUACCUCCUUGGCUAGACUUCAAAGUUGUAGCAAAUCUAGAAAGAAAUCCUCAGCUUUCCCACCUCUUUUGCUUAUCUCAGGUGAGUUGGAUAAUAUUAUUCCACCAAAAAUGAUGUGGAAGCUUGCUGAAGCUUAUGAAAAUAUAGUGACAAAACAGCAUAUUCGAAAUGAGUGUAGUUCGAGCGUAAUGUACGACGACUCCACAAAGCUUAACUCGCUUUCCCAAAACCCAGUUACCUUCAUUAAUUCUGGGAGAGAUGGUCUUGUGAGUUUUCCGGAUGGUCAUCAUAAUGAUACUUGGCUUUGUAACAAGUGGUCGGACGUUAUUUUACGUUUUGUCGAGCAAUCCAGCGUACAUAUCAGAAAUACUGUCAACGAAAUUGAUCUCAAUGUAUCUGUUUGAUCACUUUGUCCUUUAUUUUCUUCCUGUAAAUUUUUAUACAUUUUGCAUUAAUUAUUUUGAACAGUUUUUAUAGCUUGAUUUCGUGGGAACGUUUAUAGUUCAACUACCCUUUCUCUAGAUUAUGAAGCAUAAAUAUCAGGUUGAAUAACGUUUUCACUUUCCACUCUUUUAGACCCGAGUGUGUUACGGUCCCAGUUAGUGUUCACAGGCUUAACUAAUUUCAGUUCUGUUAAAUGUUGACAUACGAAUUCUGUAAAACGUUUCUAUCUCGUGCUUAGUAUCACGGUGUAGUCUUCCAAUUUCAGUGUAUGUAUUACUUAAAAUACUUCUACUCAUUUCAUGUUGUAAGUUUGAAGUAAAUCAUGUUUGCGUGGGAUUUUUAUGUUUCCAGAGCUAUAAAUGAACACUCACCUUGAGAGUAACUCUUAAUUUUGGCCUAUGCUGGAAAAUGGGAAUCGUUGUUACAAAUAAUUUAGGCGAUAUUCAUUGGUGUCGGUUAUGAUUAAUUGAUUUUCACCAUUGGUAAACUGCUAUCUAAGUGGUGUUCGCUAUCUACCAUGAGGAACCUCAGGUGAUUGUACAUAAACUACGCAGCCACAAAUAUCAGUACGGUUAUAAAAAUGGUUCACCUCGCUUCUAUUGGCAGACUGAUAAAACAACCAUUGGACCUUCAUUUAUACUGGUCCUCAUUAUCAGUAACUUUAAAUCAUUAAUUGUAGAACAACUGUCAAGCUAGAUGUAAUAGUCGAGUAAAGUUCGCCAGGGAGAUGCCUCUCGACAAACAAUCUAUCGGUUAGUUUGGUUAGUGUUUGGGAGGUGAUUAUUAAUUUGCUACAUCCAUGUUUUGAUUGCAGUAUGCAGAAAGUAUGAUACUUACUCAAAUUGAAUUUUUUAAGCUAUGAACGAUCACUGCGAUCUUUACUGAUGUACUUCUCCGAAGCGUGGCGCUGACAUUGCUCUUGAAAUUUCUAUUGUUUGGUAUUUCGCGAGUUUUUUUUAAUGAAGUGAUGUUUGGUCAACUUGCCUACGUUCAAAUUUUCGAUGAAGUAUAUACUUUUCAGAAGCACGUAGGAUAAAUAUAUUUUCACUGAAACUAUAUUAUCC